GGCACGGCGGUAGCAGGUGCCGAAACGCCCCCAGAGAACCUCGCUGAAAACGCGGCCAUGCCGAGCGGUGACACUCUGCAGCCGGACUACCGCCUGGUCUCAUCCGUCUUUAGCGCUUCACAGAGCGGUUGGAUGCCAUGAGAUUUCCCACAGGCCCUCACUGGCUCCAUGCUGUGAGUAAACCCGUGGUCAAGAGGGGAUAACCAACGGCGGAUAAUGACGUGAUGAUUCCGGUUGUAGAGCCAGCACAGGGGGGCUCCGGGCACCUUUAAUGACCGGUGCUGGAGAGGAAAUCACUGGACUUUAUUGUCUGUGGAGCCGCGUAACACCAGACCGACAGCGGUGCAAAUAAGAAGAAGGGAAGAAAAGAAAAGAAACGUCUCUCUAACAGGUUGCUGAGACAUUCAGUCCGAAAAGGGGGGAUUUGCAGCACAGCAGAGAAUGCUCUCCCCCAGAUGCUGACUUCUAAAGGCAUUAGAAACCUUUGCUGGACGGUUUGAUGGAGAGCUGGUCGGAUGUCAGCGGGAACUAUUGUCAUAACCGGAGGAAUACUUGCUGGAGUGAUACUGCUGUGCAUUGUAGCAGUUCUCUGUUACUGUAGACUCCAGUAUUACUGCUGUAAGAAAAAUGAUUCUGAGGUGGACGUGGCCUCCAUGGCAGGACCGGAUCCUCUCUCUCACUUUCCGUGCAACGCCUGCAACGCCCUCGCCAUGGACGGCACUGCCAUCACCCCCGUCUCUCUGGAUCAGCUGGAUUCGGGUUCUCACCGCUGCCCCAGCUGUUCACCAUACACCCUGCGCUCGGGACUCACAGACGACAUGCGUAAUGGAGGGGAGCGUCUCGGCUUCCAUACUUACUACGAGAACCCGUCUGUAUCUCUUCCCCUGUCGGUUCACCCUCAGAGCUCCUCCCCUCUGAGCUACUGCAGUCCCUCGGACACGUUUCCUCCCCCGCCGCGCUCCUACAGCACUGACGUCUGACCUUUGCUUCACUGUACAGGCACACACACACACCUACAGCGUCUAGCACAUGCCCUUUUGUUUGAGACUAACUUCAGGUAAUUGAUUAGAGGACAGCACAAUUAUACACACACAUGCCCAUAUUACUGUACAUGCUCACAUAAUUUGCAGGGAAGUGACCCAUAAACUAAGCCUACUGAUAGAACCCCAUGGUGGGCGACAAAUCUGGGCAUGAUCUGCAGCAGGGAAAUAUUACAUAAAAUUGGCCACAUUACUCUUUAAAAAACACAUAUUUUGAUCUUAGUACGACUUUUACUUAAACAAAAGCUAUAAAAUGUAUAAGUACCAUUACAGUUAGCAUCUCACUGAGCCCGGUCACACAUGAUAGUGUUUUUAGUAAAUGGCUCAAAGGUUGGAGCUAGUCUACACUCUAUAAAUGCAUCUGGGGCAAUGAAGUCAUUCGGGUUACAUAUGAUCAGGGACACAUAACAAAGUUUUUAGUACAGAGUAAGCUCAGACAGUCCCCAGGCAGAAAAGCAGGCGAGGUUUUGGGGCGUUAAAGUCAUUUAGUCAUUAAAAAAUUGUGACAUAUAGAAUUUGUUUUUUAAUUUCUGUGAAGUUUUGUGAAUGUAAUUAUGUAAUUUAUGGAGAAAAAAUGUACUCAGUUAGACAAGAAAAGGCUUAGUACUAAAUUACAAACAUGUUUUAUUAAACUCGGUGGAAAAACAGUAAGGACAUUAUUUGCAAAUUCUGCAAUUAUAAGUCAUUCGGCAGUUAUUUAUGACUCAGGACCUCAGUUGCAUUAGAUUAGAUGAACACAGAGUUUAUCAUCUCAUGUUCGGCUCAUUCUCUGGCAAAUGCAUCCUGGAUGCAGGGAUCUAGUAAAAACCACCAUUUUUCCGGCAGCAGACAAAUGUCAGCCUAAUCUGAAGAAUGACAAAGUUACAUAAACACAGCUAGAUAUAGUGCUGCAUUUAUCAUUCACCCUCGAUGUCAUUAAGAUUAACCACAUAAAUACCUUUCUCUUAGGUGCAAGCACUUUGAAUUUAUUUUUAGCAGCAUUUUCCACUCAAAUCAAAAGUGACUGCUGAUGACGAGGAGACAGAGCUGAGACACAUGAAGAAGGCAUGCACAACCCCAUAUUUGAGCAUCACUUCAGUUAUUCUUAUCCUUUUCUCCAGUUUCUCCCUUUUUCCCUGUGUCACAAAGGGUUAAUGGUAGUGUGAACCUCUUACCACUGCAGCUUACACUACAUGAGGGCUAACAGCUAUAUUAACUACUAAUGGAGCUUAACUGUUUUUAUCCAGAAGAAAGACCUGACGAGCGAAGAAGGAACUACAACUUUUUAAGCCUUUUUUUGUUCUUCUUGCAGAUUACCAGAAAGUCUGUGAGAAAAGUGUCAGUUUAGUCUGUUUCUGUUUUCACUUCUGACAUGAAAUUGCCAUGAAACUGAAGAGAGUUUGUUCCGCAGUGUCUUCCAUAGAAGCCGAUGUAUUUACCUUUUCUGUGCUUACAGAUUGUGAUGUGUGAAAGCAGAUUUUUAGACAUGUGAUAAGCAGAAAAGAGAGAUGCUGUACCAUAUUUAAUGAUAUUUAAAGCUUAGGUUUUGUAUCUAUAUAUGAGCCAUCAUAUCUGCUACAGUACAGUAAUAAGAUGCAGUGUUAUUGCAGUAUAUGCCUGAAUCUAUAUAUUUUUUAAGGAGUAUUGUCAUUUUUUUGUGAGGGAUGUUCGGGUUUAGACGUAUUUCAGUACUUUUCUCUUCAGUUUUGGUUUCUUUCUGUGUUCCUGUGCACUCCUGACAGCUGCAGAGGAACACAACUGUGGAAAUGGCAACUCAGCUUAAAACAUAAAUUGUGCUAGAGGUGUGAAAAACACAGGAAAAUGUGUGAAACAGUGAUGUAGAGUAUUAUUGAACAUAGGCUAUUAUUUAAGAUCUAAACUAUAUUUAUUCACUCUAAUGUCACAUUGUUUUCACUGAGCUGUAAGCUUCAUUAUAUUUCCUUAUUUUCUUGAUCUUACAGUCUCUUGUUCAGACGUACGUCCUAAAUUUUAUGCAGUACUGUGGAAAAGUCUUGAGCCACAUGUCAUUUCUUUAUAGGAAAAUGGGAAAUGGGUGCAGGGAUGUCAUGAAACAUACACCGACAUACACAGAAAUACAGUUUAUAAGGCAAAGAAAAAAGUUUGUAAAAUUCUAGCAAGCCUCAAAGUGAUUUUUUGGGUAUGACCAUUUUUACUCUUCAACACAGCCUGAAUGCUCUUGGUCAGCUUUUUUGUAAUUUCUUUGAGAAGUCUUCAGGAAUAGUUCUCCAGGCUUCUUGGAGGACAUUCAAAGCUCUUCUUUGGAUGUUGGCUGUUUUUUUAUUUCAUUCUCUGUAGGUAUGAUCUGUUAUAGUAAUAUCAGUAAGUCCAGACUCUCGGUAGUCCAACCCAUGACUGAUGACUAUAGGGUACUUUUCAGCGUUCAUAAUUCCAUCAACUUUAACAAAAUCCCCAGCACCGUUCACUGAAAUACAGCCCGAAACCAUGACAGAGGCUUGCUGUGUUUUACAGAUCGCUGUAGAAACUCACUGUUGACCUCCUUGAUACAUGCUGAUGACUAUUUGAGCCAAAAACUUCCAAUUUUCACUCCAUAAGACCUGUUUCUGCUGAUUUUCAGUCCAGUUCUUGUGUAAUUUAGCAUAUCUCACCCUUUUCUGCCUGUUUGCCUUCCUUUAAAAUGACUGUUCAUCUGCUAUAGAACUGCUACUUCUUCUUUUUGUCCUCCUCUUGUCCUCUUUCCUCUCAUUUCUCAAAGACACACUGCACAUCAUGCUGAGAUAUGUAGUUUUCAGGAAGUAGCCCUUUGGUAAUCACCUUGUUUGUGCACAAAUAGUAUUUUAAGCCAGUCAAACUACCUUUGGCAUUUUUUGUAGUUUCAAUAAAAUACAUGAGAAAAUAAAUUUAUGUUUUUGCAGCAGACUUCUAAUAACAAAGUGCCUAAAGAUACAAUUUAAUAAUUGGUUCUUUGCUAAUUUGUCUGGUGCAUAUAGACAUGACACUGGUUCAUUACUUGGGUUAGGUGCCUUUUUUAUGCUUUUUUAAUUCAUAGGUCAGUGUUAAAAAACAGUCCUCUGAAAAUGAUCCGGCGCAGGGAGUGGACUAUUGCUCAAAACUGGUUUAAAAAUACCGACAAGUCUGCCUCCUUAGAAGCUAAAUCCAAAUAAUGGAGUGCUGACUUAAGACUUUUGCACAGUAUUGUAUGUAAACUGCUUUAUUUUUUUUUUUUAAAUGUCUUUGUCAGUUUAGAUGUUCACUGAACACUGGCAUUCACUGCCACCUACCCAACAAAUAUCCCCUUAGUCUGAUGACAGCGACUCAGUGUUUGUGCUCACAGGUUUGUCGCACCAUAAAGAACACAACUGUUGUGUCAGAACUUAACUUUUUUUUUCAGGUUACUGUUUCUGUAUUUAAAAAAACAUAUUCUGCUAUGACCUGAGGAAAAU